CAACACCCUACAUAGUCAGCUCGGAAAGAGGACCCCAGAUGCCCAAUCAGCAGCAUUCGACUUGGAAAAGAAAAGGUCUAAGUCUACCUCCUCGAUUAGCUGCCGAGCUUACUGCACUUGGUCAUAGUGUCAGCUCAAAAUCAGAUCACUGGAAACCUCGUAACCUUUCCAAAGCGUCAUCAGCAAAACCAACUCACAAGCAAUCAUCUUCAAAGAAUCCUUCUUCUUCGGGCGAUCGACGGGCUCAACAUUCAUCCUCCGAAAAUCCAAACGCUUCAAAGAGAAAAUCGCUACCAAACAAACUCAAUUCUGAGCCGAAAUCGAAUAAGAAGCGAAAAAUUGAUGAUGCUGCUCCCGAGGUUCAAAAGCCCUCAAGCUCAAAAUUGAAACCCGCGACGGCACUGGAGAAACUGUUGAAGAAACAACAUAGACCUCAGCUGGCAAAAAAGAGCCAGAAUCAGAAACUCAAGCCGAGAACUAAAGAGGAGCAAUUCGAAGAUCAACAGAUAGCGUGGUUAGAAGCUCAAUUGGGUAUCAAGGCUGGCCAAGAUUCAAAAGCCAAACUGCGUCAGGAAUUCCAAGAGGAUGGCUUGGAAGAUUUGUUUGAUGGUCUAGAUGAAUUGGAUCAGCUGGUUGAAAAUCUAGACACAUCGCAGGAUCCGGAUGCGGGGACGCAUUUGGAUGUAAAUUUGGACGAAGACGACAUUCAGGAUGACGAAACAAGCUCUGAAUCUGGGCACAGCUUGGAUUCCGACUCUACCUGGCUCGGCUGCGACGACAAUGUUGAUGGGACCGAGAGCCUAGAUAACCCUGACUCCCAUCCAAUAAGUAAAUCUAUCACCAACCACAAACCAGAUGAUUCGGGACAGAGUGAAACAGCAGAAAAGCGGGAUCAACCAGAAGCCGUCCCAGCUCCUUCUAAUAAUCCAGCACGUUAUAUACCACCUCAUCUACGAUCAAAACAAGAAGAACCACCUCAGGGCCCCGAGAAGCUGGAUAAGCCACCCCUAGAUCUUCGUCUAAAGCGCCAAAUGAUGGGAAUUCUCAACCGUGUCUCGCCGACUUCAGUACCCGUCUGCCUUGAAAGUCUGCGAGACCUAUACGUGUCACAUCCGAGAGCAGUGAUCACACACGGCCUAGGUGACCUUAUCCUCGGCUUGAUAUCAUCCAAAGAUUCUCUCAGUCCUGCAUUACUCGUGACCUAUGCUGCCCUAGUCUCUGCGAUCACUCGAGGUGGUGUCCAAGUCAGUGGGGUCGAAAUAGGUUGGGCAGCAACUUUUAUUGCUGAGCUGGUCACUAAGAUUUGCGCGAUAUAUGAGACGCCGAAUUCGAUCGACACCACUGCUGAAGAAUUUGGAAAAGGUGGAAUCAACCUGUUGGGCUUUCUAUCACACUUGUAUUUCUUCCAAGUCGUUAGCUGCACGUUGGUCUACGAUAUCGUUCGAUUGUUGAUUGAGUCUGGGUUGAGUGAACUUAGUGUAGAGGGUUUGAUAGUUUUGUUGAAAGCCUCCGGGUUUCGACUCCGUCAUGAUGACCCAUCGGCUCUCAAGGACAUCAUUAUUCUUGUUCAAGGAAGUCGAAAAAAUCUCGAAAACGCUAGUCCUCGGACCAUGUUCAUGCUAGACACCCUGACGGAUUUGAAGAACAACAAGGUUCGCAAAGAUCCACAAUCGAUCAGUGGGACCACUGAGGAGCUUCAAGAGAAUCUCAAGAAAUAUCUCGGAGGAUUGUCCAAGAAAACAGGCUCGGAUCCAGAGCCAAUCCAAUUUAAGUUGAAAGACUUGCAAGAAGCUCAUAAGAAGGGCAAAUGGUGGUUAGUUGGCGCUGGAUGGAAUGGAAACCCACUAGCCGAUGAAAAAAUUCAACUUCAAGGCCGAAGUCAGGAUGUGUCGACUCAGGAUUCUACCGAUAAGGUGAUGAUGGACUUAGCGAGACGUCAAGGUAUGAACACCGAUGUCCGUCGGAGCAUUUUCAACGCAAUCAUGACUGGCGAGGAUUAUGUUGAUGCAUGCGAAAAAAUCAAUCAACUAGGAUUGAACUCGGUACAACAAAGAGAGAUCAUUCGAGUUCUUUUGCACUGUCUCGGAAAGGAAAAGAAUUAUAAUCCAUAUUACACGAUGAUCGGACAAAAACUAGCAUCUGAAUCGCGAUCGAUCCAGAUCACGAUGCAAUUCUUGCUCUGGGAUUUUUUCAGAGAGCUCGGUGAAAAGGAAGUGGGGGGUCAAGAAAUGUUGAAAAACUUGAAUCUCGAACAGGACAGCAUUCAAGAUGAUUAUCAUGGCCGUGGCGGUAAUUUGGUGGAUCUAAAAAAACUGCAUCAUCUUGCUUGGGCGUAUGGAUGGUGGAUAGCAAAAGGAUCUCUUUCAAUUACUGUCUUGAAGCCUCUACCAUUUGGAUGUCUCAAACAAAAAACUCAAGAGUUUUUGGCGAUUUUGAUCAGCUUGAUUUUCCUUUCGAUCAACUCCACCUCACCUACGCUUAUUCCAUCGUCAUCAGCAACAUCUACAGCGGCACUUACAUCAUCCACGAAAUCGAUAAAAAUUGAUAGCUCAUCACUUGAAACAAUUUUCAAAAAACUCUUGACCAACUCGACUCUAUCUCGGUCGUUUCUAGGCUUUCUGGUUGAGGAAUCCCACCAAACUGGCUAUGACUUUUAUCUGAACAAGUUCAUCAAGAAACCCCUUUCUUCUUCUUCUUCCAAUGUUACGUCAAACCAUCUUGAUUUUUUUGGCUUGAUGAUUCCUCAAAACCGGCUUGUUUACUUCCUCAACUUGAUCACCUUAUCAAAGUCUUUUGUUGUUGACUUUUUAUCUGAUCAAAUUUGAUCUUCUCUUUGCUGGAUAAAAGUCAAUGCUUGAUUGACGCAAUUGUUCACAUAAAAUAUUCUGUGCUUUUUACAGAUCACACAAGACUUUGUCACUCAGGUUCAU